AUGAGCGAGAGUCUCAACCGGGGCGUCGCACGCGAGCGCAUAGAGGAUUUGGAGCGCCCGGCACUGGAUGACCGGGCGUAUAGAAUCAUUACACUGCGGAACAAACUCGAGGUGCUGCUAAUACAUGACGCCAAAACGGACAAGGCCAGUGCUGCCCUAGAUGUCAACGUGGGCAGUUUCAGCGAUGCGGAGGAUAUGCCAGGAAUUGCGCAUGCGGUAGAGCACCUGUUGUUCAUGGGAACAGAAAAGUACCCUAAAGAGAAUGCCUACAAUCAAUAUCUAAACGCUCAUUCGGGACACUCUAACGCGUAUACGGCAUCAACAUCAACAAACUAUUACUUCGAGCUCGCCGCUUCCUUAUCGACACCUACAAACAGCAAAGCACCGUCACCGAACGCCACACAGGAAAGCCUGCCAACCUUGAAAGACGAGUCACCUCUUUGGGGAGCACUUGACCGCUUUGGCCAAUUCUUCGUCGCACCUUUGUUUUUAGAGGACACAGUGGAUCGCGAAAUCAAAGCUGUAGACUCAGAAAACAAGAAGAACCUACAAAGUGAUUCUUGGAGAUUGCACCAGCUUAACAAGGCAUUGUCGAAUCCGAACCAUCCAUACUGUCAUUUCUCAACAGGUAGCUGGAAAACCCUUCACGAUGACCCCAUUGCAAGGGGCGUUAAGAUCAGAGAUGAAUUUAUCAAGUUCUACUCUACUCACUACUCCGCAAAUAGGAUGAAAUUGGUUAUCCUUGGACGUGAGAGCUUGGACACAUUAGAAGAAUGGGCAGAUGAGAUAUUCUCAAAAGUGCCGAACAAGGAUCUGCCACGAAAGCGGUGGGACAAUGUAUCUGUGUACACGGAGAAUGAACUAUUGACCCAAACAUUUGCGCGCCCAGUCUUUCAAUCACGGUCACUAGAGCUGUCGUUCUUGUACCGUGACGAAGAGGACUUAUACGAAUCACAUCCGUCAAGAUAUCUCAGCCACCUUAUUGGACAUGAAGGACCUGGAAGUAUACUUGCAUAUAUCAAGGCGAAAGGCUGGGCAAAUGGUCUCGGAGCAGGGGGCUCAUCAAUGUGUCCUGGCUCUGGACUCUUUAACAUCAAUGUCAAGCUCACAGAAGACGGACUAACGCACUACAAGGAAGUUACAAAAGUCAUCUUUCAGUAUAUCGCCAUGAUUCGGGCGCAACCUCCACAGAAAUGGGUUGUCGAAGAACAGAUCCGAAUGAGCGAAGUAGACUUCAGAUUUAAGCAGAAAAGCCCACCGAGCAGGACGACAAGUGCUUUAGGCAGUGUAAUGCAGAAACCUUACGAUCGCAAAAUGUUGCUUAGCGGACCAGCCGUCAUUAGGAAAUUUGACGCUGAAGCAAUUAGCCAAGCCAUGACCUACCUUCGGCCGGAUAACUUUAGGUUGAACAUUGUUAGCCAAGAAUUCCCGGGUGGGUGGGACAAGAAAGAAAAGUGGUAUGGAACAGAGUACACGAGCGAAAAGAUUCCAGGAGAUUUCCUUACCGAGAUCAAGCAUGCUUUUGAGAAUUCUGCAAAGGAGCGACCGGCAGAUCUGCAUUUCCCGCACAAGAACGAGUUCAUCCCAAACCGACUCGAGGUGGAGAAGAAAGAGGUAGACGAGCCACUGAAAGUACCGAAGCUGAUACGGAAUGAUGAGAAUGUACGGACUUGGUAUAAGAAGGAUGACCAGUUCUGGGUUCCGAAGGCCAAUGUCCAAAUUUACUUACGAACUCCUCUCCCACACCUCACUGCAAGGACGACAGCUAUGAGCGCUUUGUAUCGCGAUCUAGUCAACGAUGCCCUAGUAGAAUACUCUUACGAUGCAGAUAUUUCGGGGCUUGUCUAUGAUUUCAGCACCCACAGCACUGGCUUGUCGAUUACUGUACAGGGUUACAACGAUAAACUUCACGUUCUGCUCGAGAAGGUUCUUGUUUCAAUUCGAGAUCUAGAAGCCCGGGAGGAUCGCUUCAAAAUCCUCCAAGACCGUCUAACCCGCGGUUUCCGGAACUGGGAUUUUGGCCAACCAUUCCAUCAAAUUGGAACUUUCUCCCGCUUUCUCAAGAAUGAAAAGGCUUUUCUAACAGAUGAACUACUGAAAGAGCUUGAAGGGAUCUCGGCCCAGGAUGUCCAGCAAUUCUACCCCCAAAUCCUCGCUCAAUGCCAUAUUGAAGUAAUGGCCCAUGGAAACCUAUAUAAAGAGGAGGCGCUACAGAUUACUGAUCUCGUAGAAAAGACCAUAAAGCCCAAGAAGCUUUCGCCGAGCCAGUUACCUAUUCGAAGGACCUUGAUAUUUCCGCCCGGCAGUAGUUACGUGCAUGAGCGGCAGCUAAAGGACCCGGCGAAUGUGAAUCACUGCAUUGAGUAUAGCCUCUAUAUUGGAAAUAGCGCGGACCGGGAUCUACGAGCGAAGAUCCUCCUUCUCGCACAAAUGACAGACGAGCCAGCGUUCAAUCAAUUGCGGACCAUUGAGCAGCUUGGCUAUGUUGUUUUCUCAGGCGGCACCUUUACGGAUACUUGGGCUGGAUACCGAAUCUUGAUACAAUCAGAGAAAGACUGUCAAUACUUGGAGGGGCGUAUCGAGCACUUCUUGACGAGUUUCGAGAAAAUGCUACAUGAGAUGAAGGAGGAUGAGUUUGAAGGUCAUAAGCGUGCUGUGGUUAAUAAGAGGUUGGAGAAGCUGAAAAAUCUUGCGCAGGAAACCUCGAGGUUUUGGAGCCAUAUUUUUAGUGAUACUUAUGAUUUUUUGAAAGCCGACGAAGACGUCAAACACAUCGAACCCCUCUCCAAGCAACACCUCAUUGACUUCUUCACCCACUACAUCAGCCCACGCUCCACAUCCCGCGCAAAGCUCAGCGUACAUCUUGUUGCGCAAGCCAAACCCAAAGAAUCAACCGCAGAAGAACACAAAUUGCAAGCCAUCCAGACCGUAUCCACCAUUCUUGCCGCAGAAAACAUCACCCCUAACACCGAAAAACUUCGUACCAGGCUCCUACCUCUGGCGUUCGACCCAGAGUCUUUGAAGACAGGCGAUGCUGUCUCAAACGCUCUAUUGGCGCAUCUUUCCGAGGACUUGAAGCUUGGGAAAGAGGUUGUGGAUAAGGUUCUUGAUGAAGCGAAAGCGGCUUUGGGGUUGGCGGUAGAGAAGGCGGUGGGUGGACCUGUGCAGAUUAAAGAUGUGCAUAUUUGGAAAGCUGGGCUGCAGAUGAGUACCGGUGUAAAGCCUGUAAAAGAUUUGGGCGAGUUUAUGGAGGGUGGGGCGAAGCUGUGA